AUGGUCACUGCAUAUCCUCUCCCUGAAGGCUUCACUGAAGUAGAGGUAUUUGCUAUCGGCACUGCCCUGCUGGUAGAAGCCCUGCUUGGUUUCUGUCUGAAUGGCUUGACAAUUAUUUCUUUCCGAAAAAUCAAAGAACUGCGAACACCCAGCAAUCUGCUGGUUCUCAGCAUUGCACUGGCCGACUGUGGGAUCUGCAUCAACGCAUUCAUUGCUGCUUUUUCCAGUUUCCUCAGAUACUGGCCCUAUGGCUCUAAUGGCUGUCAAAUUCAUGGAUUUCAUAAUGGCUGUCAAAUUCAUGGAUUCCAGGGCUUCUUGACAGCACUAGCCAGCAUUAGCUCCAGUGCUGCAGUCGCCUGGGACCGGUAUCAUCACUACUGUACAAGGAGCAAGCUGCAGUGGAGCACGGCCAUCGCCAUGAUGGUGUUUGCAUGGCUGUUUGCUGCCUUUUGGUCUGUGAUGCCCCUGCUGGGGUGGGGGGAAUAUGACUAUGAACCCCUUCGAACCUGCUGCACCCUGGACUACAGCAAAGGAGACAGAAACUAUAUCACGUUCCUUUUUGCCCUGUCCAUUUUCAAUUUCAUGAUCCCAGGCUUCAUCAUGCUGACAGCCUAUCAGUCCAUCCACCAGAAGUUCAAGAAAAGUGGUCACUAUAAGUUUAAUACUGGUUUACCAUUGAAGACAUUGGUCAUUUGCUGGGGUCCCUAUUGCCUUUUAUGCUUCUAUGCAGCAGUUGAAAAUGUGAUGUUCAUUUCACCAAAAUACCGCAUGGUACCGGCAAUUAUUGCCAAGACUGUGCCAACGGUGGACGCCUUUGUAUAUGCCCUGGGGAAUGAGAACUACAGAGGAGGAAUAUGGCAGUUCCUCACAGGACAGAAGAUUGAGAAAGCAGAGGUUGAUAACAAAACUAAAUAA